AUGCCUCGAGUUAUCUCCGACGAGACUUACGGUUGCCCUGCGAUCCGUGCUUUAACCUUUGAUUCUCUCGGUUUAAUCAAAGUGACUGAAGCUAGAGGUAAAGAGAGAGGAACUCCGACUGUAGUCAACACAUGGGGUGAGAUGAAUGCUUCCAGAAGCGUUCUCGCCGCUUCCAUGGAUGACCGUUCAAGCAACCCGCUUUUGGCUGUGGCAAGAAAAGAUGGCAACGUUGAGGUUCUUAACCCUUGUAAUGGUGAUCUUCACUUUGCAUACUCUGUAUUUGGUGAUGAUGGUUCUUCACCUGAAGAUGAUGAAAUAUCUGGCCUGCACUUAUUCAGAAAGCAAAAGGAGGACCACGUAGAAAGAUCCUGCACGUUGCUUACAUGCAUGAAGAAGGGAGAUGUGAACCUUAGAACAGUUCAGUUUCCAGACGCACCUGCUGAUUCUGCAGAUGAUGCUGCGCCUAAAACUUGGAAAGCAUGUGGUUCUGGUGAACUAUUGUUUGGGAAAGUGGACGGGACCGAGAACUUCGGCUUGUUUGGAGGGAAACGUGUUGAAGUCAAUAUAUGGGAUCUUGAACAAUGUACUAAGAUCUGGAGCGCAAAAUCUGUGAGUUUCUUUUGCUACCAAAAGCCCCUUCCUUCAGUUAAUGUUUCUUCUAACCAAUCUUUGCUUGGGCAGCCUCCUAAAGACAAUCUUGGGAUCUUCACGCCAACCUGGUUCACCUGUGCUGCAUUCAUGAGCAACGAUGAUCACCGUAAAUUUGUCACAGGAACCAAGUCUCACCAGGUUCGUCUCUAUGAUGUUUCUGCUCAACGUAGACCAGUCCUGUCCUUUGAUUUCCAUGAGACCGCUAUUACAGCAAUCACUGAAGACCCAGAUGGUCAUACUGUCUAUGUCGGGAAUGCUUCUGCUGACCUCGCUGCCUUUGAUAUACGAACAGGAAAGCUGUUGGGAAACUUUUUAGGAAAAUGUUCUGGAAGCAUAAGAUCUGUUGUUAGACAUCCACAGCAUCAAGUGAUAGCUUCUUGCGGGUUAGACCGGUAUUUGCGUGUUUAUGACGUCAACACACGCCAGCUUAUCUCUGCGGUUUUCUUGAAGCAGCAUCUUACAGGUCUUGUCUUCGACUCAGGCUUCAGUGGAGAAGCAGAGAUAGCUGUCGCAAAUACAGUGGUUGAGGCUGAAACAGAAGAGACAAUAGAGCAGGAAGGUGACGAGGAAGAGAAUGAAGAUGAAACAGAGGAGGCUCCUGUGAAGAAAAAGAAGUCAAAGAAAGAGAAACGUAGUAGAGAUAAAGUCUCUGACGGUGAAGAGAUGGACAAGCUAAGAAGCAAGAAGGCACGGGAUCACAAGAAGAAACCCAAGAAAGUAAAACAUACUCAAGAAGACUAG